UACACCUAAACAAGUUUAGAGAGAGGGAGAGAUGGGUGGGUAGAUCAGAACUUGUAUUUAUUAAAGUUUGGUUUACUGGGCUUGUUGAUUGAAGGGGUGUGAUAAAAAUGGAAAGGUACGAGAUUCUCAGAGACAUAGGCUCUGGUAACUUCGGCGUAGCCAAGCUUGUGCGAGAUAAGUGGAGCAAUGAUCAUUAUGCAGUCAAGUUUAUUGAGAGAGGCGAUAAGAUUGAUGAGCAUGUUCAGAGGGAGAUCAUGAACCACAGAUCCUUGAACCACCCCAAUAUAAUUAGAUUUAAGGAGGUGCUACUAACACCCACUCAUCUAGGCAUAGUCAUGGAAUAUGCAGCUGGAGGAGAACUUUUCGAAAGAAUAUGCAACGCCGGUAGAUUCAGCGAGGAUGAGGCAAGGUUUUUCUUUCAACAAUUGAUAUCAGGGGUCAAUUACUGCCACUCCAUGCUAAUCUGCCACAGAGAUCUUAAGCUGGAAAAUACACUCUUAGACGGGAGCUCAGCACCGCGUCUCAAAAUAUGUGAUUUCGGCUACUCAAAGUCAUCGGUGUUUCAUUCCCAACCAAAAUCCACGGUAGGAACGCCAGCCUAUAUUGCUCCAGAAGUCUUUUCCAGAAAAGAAUAUGAUGGGAAGAUUGCAGAUGUUUGGUCAUGUGGGGUUACUUUGUAUGUGAUGCUGGUUGGCGCUUAUCCAUUUGAAGAUGCUGAAGAUCCAAGAAAUUUCAGGACGACAAUCACCCGGAUACUUAGUGUCCAAUACUCGAUUCCAGACUAUGUCCGGAUCUCUAUGCAGUGCAUACGUCUUCUGUCUCGAAUAUUUGUUGCCGAUCCUGAAAAGAGAAUAACCAUACCGGAAAUUGAGAAGCACUCGUGGUUUCAAAAAAACUUGCCUAUAGAACUGACAAAAGAAGGGGAAGCUAGUUUACAAACGAGCAAGAGCAACAACAGUAAUCCGUCUCAAAGUAUCGAAGAAGUAUUUGCGAUUAUACAGGAGGCAAGCAAAUCUGCGGCCUUGACGAAAGGAGGAGGGGGUAGUUUCAUCGGAGGCAGUAUGGAUUUCGAUGAUAUAAUUGACGACGAUACCGAGACAAGCGGAGACUUUGUUUCUGCAUUGUGAUUCCGGCCAAAAAACCAACCUGUAUUAUUAGCUCUGAAAAGUUCCACAUUGUUUGUUUUAGUUUGCACACUGUGUGUUUUGCUGGUAAGCAAAUGAGGAAUAUGCAGUCUUCUGCACUUUUUGAUUGUGUAAUUUUUUUUUGUAGAAUUUACAACAAUAGAGCAGUUAGAUAAAUCAAGUUGCUCGAGCUUGACCCGGGGAUGCUUGUUGGCGCUUA